CUAUACCGCCUUUAUGUCCCUUUAUUUCCGUUACUUACAUCCACAAUUCAACCCUUAUAGUUAUAUAUAAGCUAGUUUUAAUGCAUGAAGCUAAGUUGCUUUAAAAAUGUCUUCAAGGCUUAAAAUAUUUUCUGGAAGCUCCAAUUGCUCACUUGCGGAUAAUAUAUGUAAAAUACUUGGCGUUAAGCUUAGUAAAGCUAGAGUCUCCAGAAACGAAGAUGGAGAAUGCGACAUUGAAAUUUUGGAAUGCGUGCGAGAUUCCGAUUGCUUUAUCGUUCAAAGUGGAUUUGGAGACUUAACUGUUAACGAUUCUCUUAUGGAGCUCUACAUACUCAUUAUGGCUUGUCGAAUGGCUGCCGCAAGAAAAAUUAUUGCCGUUCUUCCAUAUUUUCCCUACAGUAAACAAAGCAAGAAGAAAGGAAAGCGGAGGGGGAUACCAGCUAAGUUAGUAGCGGAUAUGUUGCGAGUAGCAGGAGCCACGCAAGUUGUUGUCUUAGAUCUUCAUGCCCCGCAGAUUCAGGCUUUUUUCGAUAUUCCUGUGGAUAGUCUGUUUAUUGAGCCAUUUAUCGUGAAGUACAUCAACGAAAAAGUUGCCUUUAAUGGUUGCGAAAAACUUGUUAUUGUUGCCAAAAAUGCUGGAGGAGCCAAACGCUGCGCUUCAGUGGCGCACAAACUGAAGGCAAAGUUUGCACUUAUUAAUCAUAUAGAAAGUAUUGAAAGCACGGGAAACUCUAAGUUGACGGUCAUUGGCGAUGUCCUGGAUAGAACAGUUAUUAUACUGGACGACAUGAUGAAUGGAGUGGAUAUGUUUACAGAAGCUGCAAAAGUCGUUAAAAAUAAAGGAGCCACUUUUGUUUAUUGCGUGGUAACACACGGCAUAUUUAGCGGAAAUUCUAUUGAAAAAUUAAAUAACAGUGAUAUUGAUGUGAUAAUAACGACCAACACUAUCAACCAAGAGGGUAACUUGGCGAAAACAAACAAACUCAACAUUAUAGAUAUCAGCCCUCUUAUUACUGAAGCCAUCCGCCGAAUAAACUACGGUGAGAGUCUCAGCUUUCUCGUGCACUCGGUCCCGUUUUAA